AUGGAUGCACGCCGUCGGCAGGUCGGCACCCUCGCCGCCGGAAACUCCUCGCACGCCCCCGCCGUCGCCGUCGCCCGCACGGUCACCGGCCCUGCAGGCUCGACGGCCGCCUCAGCGGGCACAGGCCCCGCCCACCGCAUCAGGUUGGUCCCCCACCUCGACUCACGCCGCUCGCUUCGCUUCGACCCCAUAUCGCGCGACGUCCGCGAGGGCGACGCCCCGCUGCGCAUCGGCCGCUUUACGGACCGCUCGGGCAUGGGCAUCGCAGCCGCGAACGCGAUCGGCUCCAACAAGCUCGCCUUCAAGAGCAAGGUCGUGUCCCGUGCGCAUGCGGAGAUAUGGUCCUCGAGCGGCACGUUCCUCAACCACGUCCGGCUCUCAACUGCGAACAACGAAUCUCGGGCGCACGAGAUCAAGGAUGGAGAUAUGCUGCAACUCGGAGUGGACUACCAGGGCGGUACGGAGGACAUCUACAAGUGCGUCAAGAUAAAGAUCGAAGUCGGACGUGAGUGGCAGAACCACAGCAAUCCUUUCAACGUGAAUGCCCUCAAACAACUCAAGUCGAUCGCCCUCCCGCUCGCAGGGGCUGCGCGAUCCGCCGUCCCUGUCUCUGCUCCGCAAUCGGUGCUGUAUGCGGAUUCAACAGGCCUUUUCAGCGUCACCAUCCAUCAGGCGCUGUUCAUCGCCCCCUGCUCCCACGCCUUCCACUACAAGUGCAUUCGCCCACUCCUGGAAAACCACCAUCCCGCAUUCUCGUGCCCGCUGUGCCGCACGUUUGCCAACCUCGAGGAGGACGUUGAGGUCGAGAUCGAUCCCGAACUCGACACGGCUUCUCUUGCGGAUGUCGCCGCGAUCGCUAUUGCAGGCACUAUCGCUGGGGACCGGCCAAACACGGGCGACGCAAGUAGCCGCGAGCGUGGCCACGACCGAGAUGUUGCCGACGCCGGUGCAAACAGACUGGGAGCGUCGCGACGGCGGGCUCCCCCGGUUCCUGGUGCGAGUGCGAAUGGUCAUCUGGGGCAUGAUGAAACGUUUGCGCUGCCACCUCUUCCGGAGAGUAGCUCUAUGCUUGCCGUUGAGCAGGUUUUUGGUGACGGGAUGAACGGCAGGGAGAGUUCGGCGUCCCCAGUUACGCACCCUGGUGAGGGCGACGUCGAGGUCGAGGGAGGCUCUAGCGACGGAAGCGGGCACGCAGGCGAUGCUGGCCUCCACGGCAAACGGAAGCGGUGA